AUGGAAGAUAUUCUGAACAUUCACGAAAAACCGUACUUCGAAGAAAGUAUAACAAAAUUUGAAUACCAUUCGUAUCAACCAUUUUCUAGUAACGCGCUGUCGAAUAACGAUGAAAUACGAAUUGCGAUACAACAUCAAGAUUUAUAUACUCUCCCCAGCGAAUCUUUGUUACACAUCGAAGGUGAAGUUGAAAGAAAUAUAGAAACAGGUAAUGGAGAAGCUUCUGUAAAAUUAAUAAACAAUGGCAUUAUGUUCCUAUUUGACGAAAUUCGUUACGAAUUAAACUCUGUUGAAAUUGAUAAAGUAAGAAAUCCCGGUAUUACAACAUGUAUGAAAGGUUAUGCGUCUUUUCAAACGGCAAACCUUUACCGAUAUCAAAAUGCCGGAUGGAAUGAAAGUGGUGAAUCUAGAGAAAAAUUCGAAGUGUGCAUACCUCUCAAAGUAAUUAUGGGAUUUGCGGAAGAUCAUCGUAAAAUAAUAAUAAAUUCCCGACAAGAAUUAAUACUGCAUAGAUCCAGCGUGGACAUUAACGCAUUAAAGUGUGAGCGAGCGAAUGGUAAAAUAAAAAUUUCGAAAAUAAUGUGGAGAAUGCCUCAUAUAAACGUAGAGGACAGUGUAAGAUUGAAACUGUUAAAGACUUUAGAUUCUCGUAAACCACUUUACAUCGCUUUUAGAAGUUGGGAAUUAUUUGAACAUCCAUAUUUACCACAAACUACAAAACAUUCGUGGGCCGUUAAAACAUCAACGCAUACGGAAAAACCUAGAUAUGUGAUUAUAGGAUUUCAAACUAAACGUAAAAACAAAAUAACAGCUGACAUGAGUAGAUUCGAUCAUUGUUCUCUAAUAUCACUCAAAGUAUUUUUGAAUUCGGAAUCAUAUCCUUACGAUAGUUUAAACAUUGAUUUCGAUAAUGAUAAAUAUUCAGCAUUAUAUCAAAUGUAUUCAUCGUUUCAAGAUAGCUUUUAUAAUAUAGAUAACGGUGAUCCUAUUUUGACUAAAGAAGAAUUUAAAGAUAACGCUCCUAUAGUUGUUAUCGAUUGUUCUAAACAAAAUGAAAAAAUUAAGAGCGCUCCCGUUGACGUUCGAAUUGAAUUCGAAACUAAAAUUCCUAUACCAAACGAUACAUCAGCAUAUUGUCUUAUACUACAUGAUAAGAUUUUCGAGUAUAACGCUAUGACUAGCGAAGUACACAAGGUGGUUUAA